CCGGCCGCAGAGGGCAGGCAAGGCGGGGAGGGACCCUGAGGACUAUCCCGCGGACCCCAGCGGGAGCAAGGGGCGUUCUCUGACGGGGCGGGGCCCGGAGGGGGCGGCGCCCGGAGUCAGCCCGCCCGGAAGCGCGCCGGCGGGAACUUGGGCGCGGAGCCGGCACCCGGGACUGCGCCCGGCCUGGAGCGCAGCCUCCCUGGGCUCUGCCUGAGCAGGCCUGCCUGGCAAGCUGGGACAUGUCUGGCCCCCGAGGACGGCCGGUGGGCAAUGGAUGCGGUGGCGGAGGGGCUGGAGCCCCAGGCGGCUGCUGCAGAAGAUGCUGCAAGAGACGCUACAGAUGCUGUGGAUGCAGGGCUCGGGGUGCCCCCUCUCCUGGCUGGGAACCGGCUGAGCCUGGACCUGUACCCUGGGGGCUGCCACCGGCUGCUGCACCUGUGUGCCCAGCAGCCCCGUCAGCUGCUGGAGGUGGAGUUCCUGCAGCUGAGUGGCCACGAGGACCCUCAGCUGCUGGAGGCCACCCUGGCCCGGGUGCCGUGGAGCCUGCCGCGCCUCCGUUCCCUGGUCCUCAAAGGUGGGCAACGCUGGGAUGCAUGGGGUGCCAGCCUCCGGGGCUCCCUGACCACGCUGCCAGCCAGCCUGAGUGGCCUGGCCAGCUUGGCUCACUUGGAUCUGAGCUUCAACAACCUGGAGACGCUGCCAGCCUGCGUCCCGCAGAUGCACCGCUUGCGUGCCCUCCUGCUCUCUCAUAACUGCCUCUCAGAGCUGCCUGAGGCCCUGGGGGCCCUCCCCGCCCUCACCUUCCUUGCUGUCACCCACAACCGCCUGCAGACACUGCCCAUGGCCCUGGGGGCCCUGUCCACCCUGCAGCGCCUCGAUCUCUCUGAGAACUUUCUGGACACUCUGCCCCCGGAGAUCGGAGGCCUGAGCAGCCUCGCCGAGCUCAAUCUGGCCUCCAACCGGCUGCAGACCCUCCCGGCCUCCCUUGCGGGGCUGCGGUCCUUGCGGCUCCUUGUUCUGCACAGCAACUGCCUGGCCUCAGUGCCCGCCGGCCUGGCCCACCUCCCACUGCUCACCCGGCUGGACCUGAGGGACAACCAGCUCCGGGACGUGCCCCCCGAGCUCCUGGACGCCCCCUUUGUGCGACUGCAGGGGAACCCCUUGGGCGAGGCCCUGCCAGACCCCAGCAGUCCCCCAGGGACACCCACGGUCCCGGAAAUGCCCAGCCUGUUCCUGAGCUCAGAGUUGGACAGCUUCCCUGUGACCCCCCAAGGCUGCUCCGUGACCCUGGCCUGUGGCGUGCGCCUGCAGUUCCCUGCUGGGGCCACCGCUACCCCCGUCACCAUCCGCUAUCGACUGUGGCUGCCGGAGCCAUGCCUCGUCCCCCUGGGUCCCCACGACUCCCUGCUCAGUGGCGUCCUGGAGCUGCAGCCCCACGGGGUGGCCUUCCAGCAGAAGGUGGGCCUGUGGCUGCUCUUUGUGCCACCGCGGGCCUGGCGUUGCCGUGAGGUGGUGGUCAGGACCCUGAGUGACGACGGCUGGAGUGACCUGGAGACCUACCUGGAGGAAGAGGCACCCAAGCGGCUCUGGGCUCACUGCCAGGUGCCCCACUUCUCGUGGUUCCUCGUGGUUUCACGCCCUGUGUCUGACGCCUGCCUGGUGCCACCAGAGGGGACAUUGCUGUGCUCCUCGGGACAUCCUGGGGUCAAGGUCACAUUCCCCCCUGGGGCCACCGAGGAGCCUCUUCACGUCCGCAUGCAGGUGGUGCAUAUGGCCAGCAGAGAGCUGCGAGCCCUGCUGGAGGAGCCCGAGGGGGCCGUGAGCCCCCUGCUGUGCCUCUCGCAGAGCGGCGCCGCCAGCUUCCUCCGGCCAGUCACUGUGCAGCUGCCUCUGCCCCCUGGCGUCACAGGCCUGAGUCUGGACCGCUCUCGCCUGCACCUGCUGUACUGGGCCCCUCCUGCAGCCACCUGGGAUGACAUCACAGCCCAGGUGGCACUGGAGCUCAGCCACCUGUAUGCUCGCUUCCAGGUCACGCACUUUUCCUGGUACUGGCUCUGGUACACCACCAAGACCUGUGUGGGGGGCCUGGCGCGGAAGGCCUGGGAGCGGCUGCGGCUGCACCGCGUGAAUCUCAUCGCACUGCAGAGGCGCCGGGACCCCGAGCAGGUCCUGCUGCAGUGUCUGCCCCUCAACAAGGUGGAUGCCACCCUGCGGCGGCUGCUGGAGCGGUACCACGGCCCCGAGCCCUCCGACACCGUGGAGAUGUUCGAGGGCGAGAAAUUCUUUGCCGCCUUCGAGAGGGGCAUUGAUGUGGAUGCCGACCGCCCGGACUGCGUGGAGGGCAGGGUCUGCUUUGUCUUCUACUCGCACCUGAAGAACGUCAAGGAGGUGUAUGUGACCACCACCCUGGACCGGCAGGCUCAGGCCGUGAGGGGCCAGGUGUCCUUCUACCGGGGAGCAGUGCCCGAGGAGGUGCCUGAGGAGGCUGAGGCCGCCCGGCGGAGAAAGGGCGCGGACGCUCUGUGGAUGGCCACUCUGCCCAUCAAGCUGCCGAGACUGCGGGGGUCAGAGGGACCUGGGCAGGGGCCGGGGGCUAGCCUCUCCCUGGGACCUCUGAACCUGGGCGAUGCUGAGACUGGCUUCCUGACCCAGAGCAACCUGCUGAAUGUGGCCGGGCGUCUGGGCCCUGACUGGCCGGCUGUGGCCCUGCACCUGGGCCUGCCCUACCGUGAGCUGCAGCGAAUUCGGCACGAGUUCCGGGACGACCUGGAUGGGCAGAUCCGCCACAUGCUCUUCUCCUGGGCUGAGCGCCAGGCUGGUCAGCCAGGGGCUGUGGGGCUCCUGGUACAGGCCCUGGAGCAGAGCGACCGGCAGGACGUGGCCGAAGAGGUUCGGGCUGUCUUGGAGCUCGGCCGCCGCAAGUACCAGGAUGGCAUCCGGCGCACAAGCCUGGCCGCUGGAGACCUUACCCCACCUGGCCCUUCGGCAUCACAGACCCCAGAGCCUGCCCAGGCCUAGACCCCACUGACUUUGGGCUGCCCUCUGCCAUGCCCUGGCCAGUGGUCAGAG